CUCUAUUUUUAAUAGGCAGCACAGUCCUUUCUUACUCCCUCCCUUCUCUUGGAUCAGCAGGUGUCUCUGCCGCUCCAGUAGACCAAGAAAAGGAAAAGGAGGGGGCGAUGAGAAAGGAAAGGAAACUGUCUACGUAUUUUGGUGAUGGAGGUGGGGGGUAUUUUAAUAUGAUUAAACUCUCCAGUUUUAACGUUCUUAACCAUAUUUUAUAAUGAUCUGCUAUUAAGGAUUAUGCAGCAGAGUUUGGGUAUGUCCAUCUGUAACUUAUAAACGGAAAGGAACAAGGAAUAGGAGGCAGCACAGGGAUGGGGUGGGGGAAAGCAAACGUAGGCGCGUGGGGACGGGAAGGGAGAGGCGGAUUUGGCAGUCGGAAGRGGGACGGGAGGAACAGAAAUGGAAACUGUGGCCUGGCUGCCCUGCCCCAUUGUGUGCGUGUGUGGGGUUGGGGCCCACAAUGUCGCACUCCCCUCCUCCCACUCCGGGCUUUUCCUUUGCUGGUCUAAGCCACUAAAUAUAAUGUACAAAAGGUCAAUAGCCAAGAAAAGAAAGGCUAUCUCCCGAGGAUGCGCAGGCUCGCUGCCGGGCGACCAGGAAUCGGCAGGGCAAGCGGCGGUCCCUGGGCGCGUGGCUUUGGGGCUUUGUGGUUAGAAGCCCCARGACCACCAGCCCAGACCCUUGGGCCCACGGCGCUCACCCGUACUCAGUACCCCUAGGCGCCUCUGAUCAGGGCGGUCGUGAAGGCGAAGCUGAGCGUCCGCCCGCCUUAUGGGUGCCACUGGGGCUUGCCUCAKCCCCGCCUGACCCUUUGCAGGGCUCGCCUGGUUGCCCGCGAGUCCAGGCCCUCCUAUGCGGGAUCCCCUCCUCGUCAUUUCGGCGGCAAUCUCCAGAAAACAUGGCGGCCGGGCGUCGACCGCGGCGCCUCCUCUCCGGGCCCUCGAGGUGGACGAGGGUUUGGACAGAGGAGCCAAAGGCCAAAUUUCCACUUUGGGCGGUUUUGCUUCAAGUGUUAGCCAGAAGAAAGAAGCCACUGAAAAUAAAAGUUCACCUACACAUCUUGUUUCCCCUAACAUCAAGAAUGGUAAUGUGAGAGACCUACCACCAAUUUGCCUUGAUGUUAGACAAAAGCAGCGUAUCCCUAUAGAUACAUUACCAUCUGAAAUGAAGGCCCCAGUCCUUACAGAACCUAUCCUUCCUACCCAGCCCAAAACUAUGAAAGACUUUCAGGAAGAUGUGGAAAAAGCUAAGCCAUCAGGAGAUUGGAAAACAGUACAUGAUUUUUAUCUCACAACAUUUGAUUCUUUUCCUGGAUUAAAUGCUAUAUUUAAGAAAGAUGCCGCUGCCUCAUUUAAUACCAUUGAAGACUCUGGGAUUAAUGCUAAAUUUGUGAAUGCUGUAUAUGAUGCUUUACUUAAUACUCCUCAAGAUAUUCAGAAGACAGUAUUAAAGGGAAUCAUUAACAGCCUAUUACGAGAAUGGAAAGGCCCACGAACAAAAGAUGAUCUUAGAGCAUAUUUCAUCCUUUUACAGAAUCCUCAAUUUAAUAACACAUCUACGUAUGUCAUCUAUGCUCACUUGCUACGACAGACAGCUACCUUAGUGGAAGCUGACCAUCAUUUUCUAGUUCACUGGUUUAAAAAAUUAUCCCAGAAGAGGUUCAAACAAUUGGUAGAGAGAUUGCUGCAAUUUAUUUCUUUACGCCUGUUUCCUGCAAAGCCUGAAGAAUUUCCCCCUAUAGCAAAAUGUUCCUGGUGGAUUCCAUCAGCAUCUAAAGUGUUGGCUUUACUUAAUACUGCAAACAAUUUGGUUGACCCUCCCCUUAUUCCUUAUACUGAUUUCUAUAAUUCUACAUUGGAUCACAUUGAUCUCAUGGAAGAAUAUCAUACUUGGCAGAGCUUUGGAAACUCUCACAGGUUUUCCUUCUGUCAGUACCCAUUCGUUAUUUCUAUAGCUGCAAAAAAAAUCAUUAUUCAGAGAGACUCAGAACAACAGAUGAUAAGCAUCGCAAGGCAAAGUCUGGUGGAUAAAGUAUCUCGAAGACAGAGACCUGAUAUGAAUAUGUUAUUUCUAAAUAUGAAAGUAAGGCGGACACAUCUGGUUAGCGAUUCGCUUGAUGAGUUAACCCGGAAAAGAGCGGACUUGAAAAAGAAAUUGAAAGUUACAUUUGUAGGGGAAGCUGGUUUGGAUAUGGGUGGCUUGACUAAAGAGUGGUUCCUUCUUCUAAUUCGGCAGAUUUUUCAUCCAGAUUAUGGCAUGUUUACAUAUCACAAGGACUCACACUGCCAUUGGUUUAGCAGCUUUAAAUGUGAUAACUAUUCUGAAUUCCGAUUGGUUGGAAUUCUUAUGGGACUAGCUGUUUAUAACAGCAUCACCUUGGAUAUUCGUUUCCCUCCUUGCUGUUACAAGAAAUUAUUGAGCCCUCCCAUCGUUCCUAGUGAUCAAAAUACACCAGUAGGCAUCUGCAGUGUUGCCAUUGACGACUUAUGUCAAAUUAUGCCUGAAUUGGCCCACGGAUUAACUGAACUCUUAUCAUAUGAAGGCAAUGUUGAAGAAGAUUUCUAUUCAACAUUCCAGGUUUUUCAAGAAGAAUUUGGAAUAAUUAAAUCCUAUAAUUUAAAGCCAGGAGGUGAUAAAAUUCCAGUUACCAAUCAAAAUAGGAAAGAAUAUGUACAGCUUUAUACUGACUUCCUUAUCAACAAAUCCAUCUAUAAGCAGUUUGCUGCAUUUUAUUAUGGAUUUCAUAGUGUGUGUGCUUCAAAUGCCCUAAUGCUGCUUCGUCCAGAAGAAGUCGAAAUUCUGGUCUGUGGAAGUCCUGAACUGGACAUGCAUGCUCUACAGAGAAGUACUCAGUAUGAUGGGUAUGCGAAAACAGACUUAACUAUAAGAUACUUUUGGGAUGUUGUACUUGGAUUUCCUCUUGAUCUUCAAAAGAAAUUGCUACAUUUUACUACAGGAAGUGACAGAGUUCCUGUAGGAGGGAUGGCUGAUUUGAACUUUAAAAUCUCAAAGAAUGAAACUUCUACUAACUGGUUACCUGUGGCCCACACCUGCUUCAAUCAACUUUGCCUUCCCCCCUACAAGAGCAAAAAAGACCUGAAACAGAAAUUGAUCAUUGGAAUUUCAAAUUCAGAAGGUUUUGGACUYGAGUAGCCUAAAAGACUUGAAAUAUAAUAUUUUAUAUGUAGCAUUCACUUCCCUCUUAUUGUGCCUUUAACCUUUUCAUGUUUCUGUCUCAAAAYACUUUCAAAAAGCUCCAACUUUAAAAGACUGAGCUGUUGUUUUUUUAGUUUUUGGUUUUUUGGGUUUUUUUGUAAUCAAUUAUGAAGUCUGUUAAGUGAAGGCAUGAUUUUCUAAAAACACAGAAUUUUCUUGAGUGAGGAAAAGACCACAUGGCAGAAACAGAUAUGAGUCCAGUCACUCAUUUUUUUUAGCACUUUAUCAUUUUCCAUAAGUAGUUUGCCACAGGUGUUCCACUGGGAAAAUGAAGGGUAGUAAARAAUGCAUUUAGGACAUAGUCAACCCAGUGGCAGAUUAUGUGCUACUAGCACACAGUAGCAAAGCAAAUAGCUACAUAAUAUUUACCAUAAAGCAUGUAGCCAUAUUUUCAUAUAGAGGUAAACAACAGUAUAAUUGCAAAUGCAGUUUACAGGGUUUUUUGAUAUACUGGCUUUGGGUCCUAUAAGAUUCUUUUCAACUAUUGCUGAAAAGCAUGUAAAUAAUUACAUAAUAGCCUGAGAAAUAAUGGGAUUUUGAUAGUGUCAUUUAUUGCUAAAGAUUUAUUUUUACAAAGUAAAUUCAGGGUUUUAGAUGUGUAUACAGCUUUUACAAAUCAAUAAAGAUGAUUGUACAAGAGUAUUUUCAGACUAAUUGGAUUCAAGGUUAUAUUCUUUUAAGUAUUGUUAGUCUGCAUGCACAUUGGCAGUAACUAGUUACCUGAAUACUCUGUAAUAUUUGUAUAAUGAUCAUUUCUUCUUAAGGAUCAAGACAUUAGAAAAAAAUUGGAUCUAACUUAACCAUUGAUGAAUUAAGUCAAUUACAAGCACAAAAAAAAGAACUGCUUUUAUAUAUAUUUUGAUUGACUAUGUCUACCUUUUUUGAUCACCAAUUGUAAUUGAUUGAUGUACAAUCUACAUUUUUUGAUCACCAAUUGUAAUGAAACACUAAUU